AUGUCCACAGAGUGCAUCGAUCCUUGGGCAGGACGGCCACAGAGCCAGACUCAGAGUCCAGGUGGGGGGUAUGGGGCCUUGGCUUCAGGUGGGUGUCUGCCUCCCCCCACAUCUGCCUCCUGGAACCUGCCUCGCUGGAGAGCAUCCUUGGCUGCGGCUGUUCUCUGCUACAUCAAUCUUCUGAACUACAUGAACUGGUUCAUCAUCCCAGGAGUAUUACUGGAUGUCCAGAAGUAUUUUAACAUCAGUGACAGCCAUGCUGGUUUGCUGCAGACAGUCUUCAUCGGCUGCCUGCUGGUGUCUGCGCCUGUGUUUGGCUAUCUGGGUGACCGCCACAGCCGAAAGGCCAUACUGAGCUUUGGGAUCCUGCUGUGGUCAGGGGCUGGCCUCUCCAGCUCCUUCAUCUCCUACCAGUAUUCCUGGCUCUUCUUCCUGUCCCGGGGGGUCGUGGGCACUGGUGCAGCAAGCUACUCCACCAUUGCACCCACCGUCCUGGGUGACCUCUUCGUGAAGGACCAGCGAACCUGUGUACUGGCUGUCUUUUACAUCUUCAUCCCGGUCGGAAGUGGUUUGGGCUACGUGCUGGGGUCAGUUGUGGCGGAGCUGACAGGGAACUGGCGUUGGGCCCUCCGAAUCAUGCCCUGUUUGGAUGCUGUGGCCUUAGUUCUGCUCAUCCUGCUGGUUCCAGACCCACCCCGAGGAGCAGCUGAGAAACAGGAAGAAGUGGCUGUGGGGGCUCCGAGGAGCAGCUGGUGUGAGGACGUCAGAUACUUGGGGAGAAACUGGAGUUUUGUGUUUUCAACCCUCGGAGUGACGGCCAUAGGUUUCGUGACUGGAGCUUUGGGCUUCUGGGCACCCAAGUUUUUGUUUGAAGCUCGCGUGGUCCACGGCCUACAGCUUCCCUGCUUCCAGGAACAGUGCGGCAGUCAGGACAGCCUGAUUUUUGGGGCACUGACAGUUGCAACUGGCAUUAUUGGUGUCAUCCUGGGGGCGGAGGCCUCGAGAAGGUACAAGAAGGUGAACCCCAGGGCUGAGCCCCUCAUCUGCGCUUCCAGUCUAUUUGCUGCAGCUCCCUGCCUCUUCCUGGCUCUCAUCUUGGCCUCAAGGACCCUCCUGGCCGCCUAUGUGUUCCUGGCUCUCGGGGAGCUCCUUCUGUCUUGCAACUGGGCAGUGGUUGCUGAUAUCCUACUGUCGGUAGUGGUGCCUAGGUGCAGGGGCACGGCAGAGGCGCUCCAGAUCACAGUGGCCCACAUCCUGGGAGACGCUGGCAGCCCCUACCUCACUGGACUUAUCUCCAGCGUCCUGCAGGCUGGGCGCCCAAACUCCUACCUGCAGCGCUUCCUCAGCCUGCAACACAGUUUCCUGUGCUGCGCCUUUGCCAUCGUGCUGGGUGGUGGCUGCUUCCUCCUGACUGCACUGCACCUGGAAAGAGACCAGGCCCAGGCCAGGCAGUCUGGCAAAGGAACUCCGGACAGCGAGGACAUAGUCAGCAGGAACCCUGAGAGUCAAGGCCUGCUCUCCAGCACCAGCACCCCAGCAGAGCAGUCUUGAGUCCAUCUUGCAGUGAGCAGGCUUUAUACUCCCCAUAUCCUCCUGGUGGCCCCACCCAUCUUGGCUAUGUUUCAGGGACCCCCCUAAGCUACGCUUGCCACUUGUUCAGUCCCUGCUAGAGAGCUGCCAGGGCCCAGGAACUGGCUAAAUUGAGUUGUCACUACCCUUCAGGGAGGCUGGGCCCUUAUUAAAGCAUGACCAGUGCAA